CGUAGGCAUCUGCAAACCAUUCCUUAUCUCUCCAAAUUGUACUUUAGAGUUCAAUUUUCUCUAGGGUCAAUCAGGCAGUGAUGAGUCUCCGCAUUUAGAUAAUUUCUUUCGUAACGCUGGCCUCAUUCGUCAGCAAAGCGCUUACUCCGAUCGAGCAAAAGUCCCCCGCCCCAAUCAAUAUUCAAUCUCCUUCCUUCACCGACUCUCUUCUCCUAAUCUCAGCUUCGUGAUCAGCAAUGAAGGUCCUUUGUCUCCAUGGAAGAGGCACCAGUGGCGCUAUUUUCCGAUCUCAGACCUCAUCGUUCCGGUCGAGGUUUGCGGAUCAAGAUAUCGAAUUUGACUUCCUAGACGGCCCAUAUGAAUGCAGUGCCGCUGCUGGCGUGGACUUGUUUUAUGACCCGCCUUAUUUCUCCUGGUGGAGGGGCGACACUGUCGACGAUGUGCGGGCGGCGAUCGCCCAGUUGAAUGAAUAUAUCGCAGAGAACGGCCCCUACGACGCGGUAAUGAUGUUUUCGCAGGGCUGUGUUCUUGGCUCUGCAGCACUGCUACUUCAUCAAGAAGAAACACCGCAUUUACCAGCACCCUUCAAGGCGGCCAUUUUUAUCUGUGGUGGGCCAUCCAUGCCCGUUCUCGAGGAACUUGGGUUCCAUGUAUCCGCGAAAGCUCGCGAGCGCGACGUGCUCUCUAGGAACGCCUUGACGCAACAGGCUGGCAAUUCAGCAAUCCUUGCCCAGGGUGCCAAACGUUGGACGGGCUUGGAGUCUUUGAAUGGAGGUCUCUCGGAAGACGAAUUGCGGAGUGAAAUCGAAUGCCCGUUCCGCAUUGACAUUCCAACUGUUCAUAUAUACGGCUCCAAGGACCCCCGAUAUGCUGCCGCAAUGCAUUUAUCUGCAAUCUGCCUGCCGGAGAGAAGGAGAACAUAUAACCAUGAAGGAGGACAUGAUAUUCCUCGUUCGAAGGAAGUCAGCGAUUCUAUCGCCGACCUGAUUCGGUGGGCUUUGGCGGAAUAAACUUGCAGAUGGCUUACAUUCUCUCCCUUCUCAACUUCAGCCUGCAAUGAGCGCCCAGGAAAAACACAUAUGGGGUAACAUACACAUAGUCGGGUCUAGAAGAUACUUAAUGGAAGGCUCGAGAGUCACUCGAGCUCAUACCAGUUCAUUAGAUUGCGGCAUUACAUCAUGAAAGGAUUGGCUCAUAGGCUAAUACUUAGGUGAUUUUGAUGAUGUUAAGAGUAAAAUCGAGCGCACGCGUUAAAAAUUGAAACCUCUCAGAGGAUGUUCAUUAAGAAUUAUAUAAGAAAGGUAUCUCAGGAAGCCCAAUCAAAACCAUAAAGACCAUCUCUU